AUAAAUUAAGAUUAUAAACGUAAUUGAAUUAGUCAAAGUUCAAACUAUAUAUAAAAAAUGUCAUUAUUUACAAGGACACAAUUCCAAACAUAUCAAUUUAUUAUAGAAUAACCUGUAGCAAUGGCUGUGUGUGGUCUAAGGACACUGUUGUUGAUAGUUUGCAUCCUGGAAAUGAUUAUAACUAUACAACGACAAGUAUUUGAUUUUUUGGGAUAUAUGUGGUUGCCAAUAAUUGCAAACUUUGUGAAUAUAUUGCUGAUUAUUUUCGGCUCUUUUGGAGCUGUACAAUAUAUAACUAAUUAUCUUCUCGCUUAUGCUAUCUGGAGUUUUAUGUGGUUAACAUGGAAUAUUUUCCUCAUAUGCUACUACUUAAAUUUGGGCUCUUUAAAUAGGGAAAAUGGGUUGCUGUCUUUGGGGACUGAUAGUGUAAGCUGGUGGGAGUGGAAUGGUUGGGGAUGCCAACCUGUAUGGGAAGAGGCAGCAAAGCCUGGGACAUGGCGACCAACUCGAGUAGAUGGUUGCUUCAUGGAAUGGCAUCAUGUGGAGUUGGCACAAUCUGGCCUGGCUGCAGUGCUGACUGUUACAGCUUUACCACUGGCAAUUUUAUUAGCUUUUAAGUCAUUCAAUAAACAUAAAAUGGCGUCAGAUAAGGGAUCAUUAUCCCGCCGUCCAGUUUAUACAAUUGAAUUAAGUCCCACCGAAACUACAAUCAGUGAAAGUUCUCUUAAACCAAUGACGCCUCGCCGUGUUAAACGACGUUCUGGUUCUCGUGGCACAGGUUCUUCAGUACGGAGAUCAAGGCGGUCUUAUAGAAAUAAUGGAUACUUAGCAUCAACUGCAUCGCUGCCACGCGAAUCAAGGCCAUCUCGACCUACUUCAGCACAUUCUUCUUAUUCUAACUUUCAUGGAGCUCGUCCAUCUUCAUACCACGCGCCUGAGAGGGACAGUGGUUCAAACUCCCAAGAUACUUAUGAUCCUCCACCCUCCACGGAGUCAGUACCUAUAAUUACAAACAGAUAUGAUACUAUUCGCCGCGUAAAUAAAAAUAUGGGUUAUGAUGUCACCGGUCCUUAUAAAGAGCCAGAUAGAAAUUAUGAAACUGAAAGGAAUUAUGAGCACAAUAGAAAUUAUGACAACGAGAGGAGUUAUGAGCCAAAUAGAGAUUAUGAAACCGAGAGGAAUUAUGAGCCCAAUCGGAAUUAUGAGCCUAACAGAAAUUAUGAGCCUAAUAAGAAUUACGAAUCAUCAAGAAACUAUGAGCAAAAUCUUUCAACUUAUGAUAACGUGGGACGAGGAUAUGAUGCAAUGUCAAACUAUGGUAACAAAGUCGACACAGUGUCACCAUGUGAAUCUCCUUAUGGGGGUGGGGGAUAUAGUGGGAUGGGUGGAUAUCAUGGUACGGAGGCGGGGUGGGAAGCUCCGCCACCGCCAGCGCCACCAUACAGUGCUCGGGCAACUCCACAGGCGCCCGGCCCUCCCGCGUACCAAGCCACAAGUGACGCUUAUAUGUCUUAAGUCUGUUGUAUGGUGGUAUUAAAAAAAUAUUAGGUACCAACUCACAUAUCAGUGGGCUAAUUGUCUAAUUUUAAAAUCUAUCGCAAUCCAUUUCAAUUUGACAUUUAAGUCUUUUUCUUCUUCUUUUUAAUUUAUGGCCUAUUUGCGUUUACACAAUUCCACCAAUGUCACGUUUGUGGUUCUUCACACGUAAAGAAACAAUAAUAGAAUAUGUCAAUUUUGAAUAAAUUAUACUUUGACGGUUAAAUAAAAACAAUACAAUCAACAAUAAAAUAAAUUAAAAAUAACUCUGAGCGCGUCUAUCUGAUUAUAUUGUUA